AUGUCCAAGUUCGGUGUCCUGGUCAUGGGCCCUGCGGGUGCAGGCAAGACCACCUUCAGUAAUGCUAUGAUCCAGCAUCUGCAGACCACUCGUCGGAGCUGUUUCUAUGUCAACCUGGACCCCGCCGCCGAGAGCUUCGCCUACGAACCAGACCUGGAUAUCCGCGAUCUGAUCACUCUGGAAGAUGUGAUGGAAGAGAUGGGCCUGGGCCCGAACGGUGGUCUCAUCUACUGCUUCGAGUUCUUGUUACAGAACCUGGAAUUCCUGUCAGAGGCCAUCGAACCGUUGAGUGAAGAGUACCUCAUCAUCUUCGAUAUGCCCGGCCAGAUCGAGCUCUACACCCAUAUUCCUCUCCUCCCAUCUCUCACACAAUUCCUGUCCCGACAGGGACCACUGAAUAUCAACAUGUGCGCCGCCUACCUCCUCGAGAGUACCUUUGUCAUCGACAAGGCCAAGUUCUUUGCCGGGACCCUGAGUGCCAUGUCUGCCAUGCUCAUGAUGGAAAUGCCCCACGUCAAUAUCCUGAGCAAGAUGGAUCAAGUCCGGGAUAUGGUUUCGCGCCGGGAGCUGAGACGCUUCACCAAUGUGGAUGUGCAAUUGCUACAGGAAAAAGAGGAGGACGAUCUCACUGCCAGUGCCAACCCUAUGGCCACAGAUUCUUUAAUGAGCGGUGGAUCUUUCAAGCAGCUCAACCGGGCCGUUGGGCAAUUGAUUGACGACUUCAGCAUGGUCUCAUUCUUGCAGCUCGAUGUCCAAGACGAGGACAGCGUCGCGGCCAUCAUCAGCCACAUUGAUGACGCCAUUCAGUACCACGAAGCCCAAGAACCAAGAGAGCCCAAGGACGAGGUCGAAGUGAACUAUGAGGAUUGA